UACCGUUCCUACAUUUUUACACGAGCCACAGAACUGUAUAUUGAUGUUAAUAUACAUGGUAUGCACCACAUAACAAUGAGCUAGAAUUGUCGGGGUAAAAUGGAAAAUCAUAGCAAUGUUUACUUUCACCCCUCUUCAGGGCUUUGCCCCUCUGAUGUAAACGUAUGGGGUACAGGCAGCCAAUACCACAAUGUCUUUUCGCAUACUUCUCAUUUCCCACAGUUUUUCAUCGCCACAACAUUUGCAGGUUCCUAUAAACCUUUUUCCCUAGAUAAUAUUUGAUAUAAAAAGCUUUAAAAAGUGGAUUUUAGUAGUAGUUUCCAACGGAUCCUUGGUUCUAUCCAGGGCCCCUCCUAUGUAAUCCAGCGCUCUGAAUAUUUGACUCAGUUUCGACUGUUCCGUAUAGCGAAGAAGAUCUUCGCUUGGCAUUUAUUUGUGGUUGUGAUGUGGAUACAUUCGAGGUUUUCCCCUCUGGGAAACUAAUCAAUACUCAUGAAAACACGUAGUCGGAGCAAUGGCCCAAGGCAAAGGCAAAUGACGACAAGUUCUGGGGUCGUUUCAAGCAAAGACGAGUCAGGAAAUAAAGAAGGAAACUCAGAUAAUUCACUGGAAGAAGGAUCGGCAAAGGGAACGAUCGCAAUUCACGAAACACGUUCACAGAAACUUUCCAAGUUGGGCUCUGAAACACAAGAGGAAUCGAUAAAGAGUUCAUCGUCUGUUGCUUCAGAAAUCUCGCUUCCAGCACCCGGUGUCUCUACCAGAAGUAGCUCAAGACCUGCUAAACGACAAAAACUAUCGAACGAACUGAUAUCUGCGAUUGGAAGUCAAGAUCUAAAGGAUGAGAGUUCAACCGGUUCAACUGCACAAACACAAAAGCAAACUCCUGGAAGAGUAAAGAAAAAAAGGGUUAAGAGACAGUGGGAGUCCUGGGUUAAUCGGGACAAGAAUGCAUUCUUCAAAGCUUUACAUGACUAUGGCAAAGACUUUGACAAAAUACAGAGUUUUAUUGCAACCAAGCACAAGCGACGUGGCGAUCCCUUGAACCUUGUAAAGAAUAAAGACCAAGUGCGCCAUUUCUACUAUAGGACAUUAAAUAAAAUUUUAAAGUACAUUCCAGAGGACAAACAACCCACUGGGGAAACAGACCCACACCAGAGAACAACCAAUGAACUUUUUGCCUUGAUGUGCUAUGGGGAAAUGCGUAAGAAAGUUUGUGGGGGUCUUUGUGGUAAACAGUGGAAGAAACUUACGGAACUCAUGGCUGAUGGAAGGGCCUCUAUACGGCAGAAUGGGCGAAUCAUUAGAUUGCGAGCACCAACUUUUAAGAGUACAAAGGAAGCAGAGCAGAACCAGGGUCCUCCCCUCCCCCAGAAACUACUAGUGGAGUUCUUGCCUGUUGACAAUGUUGCCUGGGCUACUGUCCAGAAUCUCUCCCAGAACCCACGGCUUAGGACAAGUGUUCGACCAAAGAGACCUCUUAGUGUUAUGCUCAGUUAUUUAAUGAAUAAAUGGCCUGUAAAAUCUCCAUUUACUGGGGAGGCCCAAGAAUUAUGUGUCAGUGUUCCUGUAGGGUUUGACUCAUUGGAGGAGUCUACUGCGUCUCCUUUUGAAAUUCAAGCAGCAACUCCGCCAAAUGUUGUCACAUGUACAGUUGGACAAAGUACAAACAACGAAUUAACCAAUGAACAUGAGUCUUCGACUGGAUCACCAGCCCAAGCAGACUCAAGUCUGUUGUCGUCAGUUAGUGGACGGUCUACUGGAAUUGCUCCCAGCAAGGACACCAAAUGUCCAAGUUGUGGCGGACCUUACAAGAAAUGUGCCUGUGAUAAAAAAUCACCAGGGAAGGGUACACAAGACAAACCUAGAACAGAGAAUUCUACAUCUGUGACUAAGCUUUGGACUUCUGAAACCUGUGGGAGUAUAACCGUUGGUGAAAUUUAUUGUAAGUUAAAAAGACCUCCAAAGUUAAAAUUUGAGUACAGUUGGAUGAAAGAGGAUACUUGCAAGACUACUUAUUGCUCCAGCUCAUUGCACAAACUCAUUGAUGUGGCUAAGACCGAAUUUCAGAAUUUGAGAAGAUCUAAAGCUGCUUCCAAGGAGAAUGCUACAAAAGAGAAUGCCAGUGCACCUCUGGCUAAUGUCACCAAGACAACAAGAAUAGCUCCAAAACUGUCUCUUAUGUUACCUACUAUAGGCCCUUCGCUGGGUAACAGCUCUGUGGAUACAUUUGCUGUGCCCACUCAAAGUACUAACUCAUACAAUGUGGCGUAUAACGCUCGAAAACGUGCACGUCGAAGGAGAGAGUAUGCUGGUCCACCUACAAAGAAAUUACUGCCACGGCCAGGACAGAACUCUGCUAUUCCAAAAGGUGCUGUAGCAGUGUCGUUCAUUCCCCAGCCUGGGCAAGCAGUUGGCACCAUACUUGCUUCUAAUCUACAUACUGGUGCAGGAACAGGCUACUUGCCGAUCGUGUCCAUGGCUCAUUCUACUGCUGUCAAAUCAGGAACAAGAGGCCCUCCUAAAGCAUCAUCAUCAUCCACUACUACCACAUCCUCCAUAUCAGCAGCAUCACAAGCAACUACAACAACUCACACCAUGCCAUUAACACCCGCAGCUUCCCCUGUCUCUUUUUCAGACCAGUCUGCAGGCUCCCCCAUGCGGCUUUCAGAACCUGUUACCACGGUACUUGAGUCAGGAGUUCAACAUCCAAUUACAGACCAGUGCUCUUUGUCGCCGGACAUCAGCAUGUUGCCCAUUACUGCAGUACCAACAACCGCAGGAUUUACCAGUUCGGAAAGAUCAAGCCUUGGCGCAUUAUCACUAAAUCCCCAAAGUGGAAUUCCUUUCACUGAUGUCAGCAUACCCAUGGUCUGCACACCUCUAGAUGGGUUUCCGUGCAGUACGGGUACUAAUGUUCUAGACAGUAUAAUAAGCUUAACACCAGGCAAGAUAGGACAAUUUGAUUCUUCUGUAACAAUGAAUGAAGACUCAACAUCUGAGUUGCUUGCAAGCAUAAUGGGACUGACUAAGACAACAAGUGGUUUAUUAGUAUCUCAGACUGUUAGCACUCAUACUACAGCAAGCACUGGGAUUAUGUCAACCGCUGAACCGCAUGUGGAGGAGUUGAAUUCAGGGAUAUCCAGUGAAAUGCCAACCUCAUUUGGUGGACUUGGAGAUUUGCUUUCUGGUACUAGCUCCUCCACCCUCACUCCAGGUUUCUUCAGUAACUCAGCUGUGACUGUCUCCUCAGUUGUGACAAGUGAUAAAUUAUUAUCAGGGGGUAUCACUUCAACUACAUCUCCAAUAACGUCUCCUCGGUUGUCACCAAUUCGGACAACAUCAGAGCAGCCCUGGUUGAAUGGGGGAGAUACUUCUGAUUCCUUCAGUUUUCUUGAUAAAAUCAUUGUGUCUCCUGAAAAAGAACGCCACCCUGUCCCAACAGAACUACCUGUUGCUACGAUGGACACAGCUUCCCAAGAUCUCUUGCUUACACACAAGCAUCUACCCAUUGGGAUGGAGGCUAUUCAGACGAUGAUGGAUGAGAACAGUGUAGACUAUGUAAAAAAAUUCCAGGAUCUGGUAAAGGAUAUAUCUGCAGAGAACAAUAGCUCUGACAGCAGUGGUUCAGGAAAUACCCUCUCCUUCAGAAACAUCCUUAGUAAAAACAUUCCUGAAGACAAGUAACUUUUCUUCAACAUUCUUAGUAAGAACAUCCGUGAAGAGAGAUAGCGGAUCCAGGUCAACCUCUUCCCCAAAACAUUCUUUGUAAGAACAUUCCUGAAGACAAAUACAGCCUAAGUUGAACCUCUUCUUCAGAAAGAUCUCAUUAAGAACAUUUCUGAAGGCCAAGUAACAGCUGAAGGUUAACCUCUUCUUCAGAAAGAUUAUCAGUAAGAACAUACAUUAAGACAAUUAAAGCCAAAGGUUAGCCCAUUCUUCAGAAACAUUCUCAUUAAGAUUAUUCACGAAGACCAAGUUAAAAAAAGUUACAUCUCAGGUAAAUCCAUUUUUCAUAAACAUUCUCAGUAAGGUCACCGUGAAGACCUCUUAUUCAGAGACAUUUUCUCCGAUCAACACAGACGACAGCUCGAGGUCAACUUCUUUUUCUGAAUUCAGGAAUAACAAACAACAUUCAUGAAGACAAGGAGUGGUUAGGGGAACAUUUUCCUUUAUUUACAACAUUUUAGAUACCAAUACAAACAUAGGAAAAUAAUGAAAGUGAAAAAGAAAUGAAGAGUUCUUACAAGUAUUUUGAAAUAAGCUCUAUCUCAUCCUCAAAAUUUGCUUCUCUUUUUAAUUACAUUAUGGUAUUGUUUAUAUAUUAAUAUUUGAAUAGAUAAGGUUAACUACAAGCAUGCAUCCAUGCUGCAAGCCAGUCAUAGACUAUCCAUGUCCUCUGUACUUUGGAAACCAUAUGACAUUACUGAAGAGGUAUUCCCAAGUUGCGAUGCUUUUAAUUCGUUGGUUUGAGUUUUGAGAUGAAUAAAGAAAAAAAAUUCA